AUGGGUACUCCUUUAUUUGAGCAUGAUGAUUUCGAUUGGUCCGAUGAGAUAACAAUAGAACAAUUCAUAGCCAAGAAAUUGGACCUUCCGCAGCUGAUCAUAAUAACAAAUGGCUUCUACGACAGUUCGUUUGAAAGGACCAUCGAUAACUAUCAGAUUAUUUGCAUCAGUGGCUUUUCAACUCAAGAGAGGAUAAACGGAAUUGAUUCACAAAAAUGUGAAAUAAGUCUUCCCAUGAACUGUGACAUACUGAAAUUUACCAAAAACCCAAACUGUUCUUGGGAACAGAAAUUUCUGUUUGAAAUUCUUCGUAAUAAGAAGCUUCCUUGCAAAGUUUUCCUGUCGGAGUGUAGUCGUGAUGUCUUUCUGCACACUUACGUUGAGAGAGUGGAGGAUAAGCUUUCUGAAUUGUUACUAACACACAAGUCCCAAGCUUUUUUUCUCUAUGGAUUCACAAUGGACGAAACAAAAUUGCAUGCAUUGGAUAUAAUCACGUUACCAUCAUAUUUGUUCUUGACAUUUAAAAUUUUUAAAAAAAUUCUUCUUUUCCUCCAUUUUUUCAUUUCAUUCCAUCAUUUUUCCUUUCCUUUCUUUUUCCCUUUCUUUCCUUUCUCUCUUUUCAUUUCUUUCUUUCCUUCAUUUCUUUCCUUUCUUCCUUUUCUUGCAAACAUUUUUAUUAAUAAAUUUAUUUCAGAUUUUAAAAACUCCUUUCUUUCCUUUCUUCCUUUCUUUCCUUUCUUCCUUUCUUUCCUUUCUUCCUUUAUUUCCUUUCUUUCCUUUCCUUCCUCCCUUUUUUUCCUUCAUUUCUUUCUUGUAAACAUUUUUAUUAAUAAAUUUAUUCUAACAGAUUAUAAAAACUUUUUCCUUUCUUUCAAUCAUUUUUCCUUUCUCCCUUUCUUUUCUUUCUCUUUUUUUCUUUUCUUUCCUUCAUUUCUUUCCUUUCUUUCCUUACCUUUCUUUCCUUACCUUUCUUCAUUUCUUUCUUUCCUUCAUUUCUUUUCUUCCUUUCCUUUCUUUCUUUUCUUGCAAGCAAACUUAUUAAUAAAUUUAUUUCAAAUUUUAAAAACUUCUUUCUUCCUUUCCUUUCUUUCUUCCUUUCCUUUCUUUCUUCCUUUCCUUUCUUUCUUUCUUUCUUUUCUUUCCAUUCUUUCUUUCUUUCCUUUCUUUCCUUUCUUUCUUCCUUUCUUUUCUUUCUUUCUUUCUUUCUUGCAAACAUUUUUGUUAAUAAAUUUAUUCAUAAUGAUUACAAAUAUUUUAAAAACGUCUUUCUUUCCUUUCUUUCAUUCCUUCCUUUCUUUCCUUCCCUUCUUUCUUUCCUUUCCUUUCUUUCUUUUCUUUCUUGCAAACAUUUUUAUUAAUAAAUUUAUUCAUAAUGAUUACAAAUUUCUCUUUUUUUAUCAUUGUCCUUUCUUUUCUUUCUCACGUUUCCUCUUUUCUUUCCUUCCUUUUCUUGACACAAAUAUGAUUUCACACACUGUCCAGCUUUCAGUUUCAAACACGAUUCAACUGCAACUGGGAUAUACACUUUCUUCCUCUCUCUGGUUUUCUUUCUUCUUUAUUCUUCUUUAUACAAUUCAGCUUGUAACAGAGAUAUAUACUUUCUUCCUCUCUGGUUUUCUCUUUUCUUCAAGCGCAGACUGUAUUCUCAGCGUACAAAUUUCUUUGCGUCUUCUCAGCAAGCGGACGCUUUCACUCCCACUUCCCCCCCCUCUCUCUCUCUCUCUCUGGUCGAUUUCGAUUCGACUCACUUCAGCUCCAAUUCCAACUUCAGCUUUUUUCUUUUUCUUUUUCUUUCUUUCGUUCUUUUCUUUUUCUUUUUCUUUCUUUCGUUCUUUUCUUUUUCUUUCUUUCAUUCUUUUUUAUUUCUCAUUUCUUUCUUUCUCUUUCUACCUUCCGUUUGUUCUUUUCUUCGUUCUCCCUUUCUUUCAUUUAUUCUUUCUUUCUUUCUUUCAUUGCCAUUUUUUCUUUCUUUGGUUUUUUUCUUUCUUUGUUAUUUUUUUUUUACUUCUUUCUUUCUUCCUUUCUUUCGUUCUUUCUUUUUUUUUUUUGCUCGGUCUUUCUUUCGUUUGUCCUUUUUUUAUUUAUUUCUUUUGUUUGUUCUUUCUUUUGUUUGUCCUUUCUUUUGUUUGUUUUUUACUUCUUCCUUUCUUUCUUUUGUUCUUUUCUUUCUUUCGUUCUUUUGUUUCUUCUUUACUUCUCUCUUUCUUUCUUCCUUUCUUUUCUUUCUGA